CGCUGAAAGGGGGUCUGUUAAAGGUGCCUGGAGACCUUGGCAACUCUCUUGCAACUUGUUGAACGGUGGGGCUGCAGGCAGUGGAGAUGAGAACCGCUUCAGCUCUGACAGUUUGUGUAUGGAAACGGAAUGUGGUGUGGUUUUUGGAUUUAAAAUGGGCAGUUAUGGUGGGAUUUUAAACGCUUUUUGUGCCAGUGUGACUAUUUUAAUCCAAAAAUGUAGUUUACCUACGUUAUAUUGUAUUUUACAACUGUUUACACUAUCAUUUUUAAUUAAAAGGUACGUGCCGUUAUUUCAAUUAGGACUUGUAAUGAAUUUCCUCUUCCUUUUUACGCAAGGUCAUGAAUACCUUCUUUAAAUGGAUUUGGCCUUCAGGCGUGAUAUCGCCUUACAUACCUUCAUUCCUCUGAGGGGUGCAGAUAAACUUGGACCAGGUGCCUUACAUAAGACCGUGUGAGCAGCUGAGUUUGUGUAGUCCGAAGUGUGCCAGCGCACUGCGCAGCGCAGACUGGAAUUUUCCACACAAUUUCGUACUUGAUCAUCAUGUGUUUUUGAGAGUCUCACCUGUAGGCUGACAUAAAGUGGGUGGAAUGUACAGAAUGAGGAGUUGCUCCGUCUGUGCUUUUCCACUACCAGAAGCUUUUCUUGGCAUCGCGCCUCCCUUCCUGGGCUCAGGCUGUCCCUCGUCUUUUGUACACUGAGGGAACCUGCGUCACUCCCUGCUGUUUUAACUGAGUAUUGGCCAAAGAGCGAAGUUGAUAGUUCUGGUUAAGAGGCUAUCAAAUGACUUGUGACAGGACCUGCUUGUAGACUGGGGGGUUAGACAGGCCGAACGCAAAAAUAAUGAGGAGCGAUAAUGAUCGUGAACAGUUUCACUUCGCGUGCGCAUAUCUGCAGUUUCUUCUGUACUAAUUUAACUUUAAGGGCGACAAUAUGUUAGUUAGUAGAUAUACAAAAUAUAGGUUAUAUCAUUUGCUUUUGCAGCUUUGUGCAGACUGAAAAUUUGCUGUCCUGGUGACAGUUUGAAACUGUGUGACACAUUACGCAAAGCUGCUGUGGGAUUGCACAAACAAAUGUCCAAAUAGCAUAAACCGGCCUUUGACUGAGUGGUGGUAAAGUACAUUCCCCCCCUAUUUUUCCGGUUUUUGACGCAAGCACAUCUUGAGGUGUGGCCAUGACGCCCUGGGAGCGCAACAGCCGCUGAUUGGUCGAGAAGUAGGUUUGCUAGAACAAAAUGUUUCCUUUGAAUGACGCCCAUCGGGAGGUGCGUGUGUUUGGGACAGCUCCUCCCUCGCUCCCGGUACGUUAUAAAACAAGAGCCACACGCAAGAUAACUGUAUCUGGUUUUUGUGCAGUUGAUCAGUGCAGAGCUGCUGUUUAAACCACCAUGACGAUCAACACAGGAACAGAAAAGUCUGGCCUAACUUAUUCGAAAUCUAAAGGAUUAAUGACUUUAGUUACUGCUUUUAUGAAACAAAGGAGGAUGGGACUGAACGACUUCAUUCACAGGCUUGCCACAAACUCCUACGCCUGCAAGCAUUCUGAGGUUCAGUCUAUUCUGAACUUAAGUCCUCCCCAGGAUGCUGAGCUCAUGAACACAAACCCCUCUCCUCCUCCCAGUCCAUCCCAACAGAUCAACCUCGGACCAUCCUCUGACCCUUCAGCCAAACCCAGCGACUUUCACUUCCUCAAGGUGAUUGGCAAGGGCAGCUUCGGCAAGGUCCUGCUCGCACGUCACCGCACAGACGACCAGUUUUAUGCAGUCAAAGUUUUACAAAAAAAGGCCAUCCUCAAGAAGAAGGAGGAGAAACACAUCAUGUCAGAGAGGAAUGUGCUGCUAAAGAACGUCAAGCACCCAUUCUUGGUGGGCCUGCACUACUCUUUCCAAACAGCAGACAAACUGUACUUCGUCUUGGACUACAUUAAUGGAGGAGAGUUGUUCUACCACCUACAGAGAGAGCGCUGCUUCCUUGAGCCUAGAGCCAGGUUCUACGCUGCAGAAAUUGCCAGCGCCCUGGGCUACCUCCACUCCCUCAACAUUGUCUACAGAGACUUGAAGCCAGAGAACAUCCUGCUGGACUCCCAGGGACACAUCAUUCUCACAGAUUUUGGCCUGUGCAAGGAGAACAUCGAACCCAACGGGACCACGUCAACUUUCUGCGGUACGCCAGAGUAUUUAGCUCCAGAGGUGCUGCACAAGCAGCCAUAUGACAGGACAGUAGACUGGUGGUGUUUAGGAGCUGUUCUUUAUGAGAUGCUCUAUGGCCUGCCUCCGUUCUAUAGCCGUAACACAGCAGAGAUGUAUGACAACAUCCUGAACAAACCGUUGCAGCUGAAACCCAACAUUUCCAACUCAGCCCGACACCUGCUGGAGGGCCUGCUGCAGAAGGACCGGACCAAGAGGCUGGGCUGCGCAGAUGACUUUGUUGAAAUUAAGAACCACGUAUUCUUCUCCCCCAUCAACUGGGAUGACCUCAAUGCCAAGAAGAUCACCCCGCCCUUCAACCCCAAUGUGACGGGACCCAACGACCUGCGGCAUUUUGAUCCAGAGUUCACUGAUGAGCCUGUGCCCAGCUCCAUCGGCUGUUCCCCAGACAGUGCACUAGUCACAGCCAGCAUCAAAGAGGCUUCUGAGGCCUUUGUAGGCUUCUCCUAUGCCCCUGAAAUGGACUCUUACCUAUAGGGUUUAAACACAGGCAUUCAAUGGACACAAGAUUAGACUUAACAGGACAUGAACAUGUGGUGUUGCCAUGGACUUGCAUCUUGAACCCACCCUACAUUUCCCAAUCAGGAUGAUGGAUAUUUCCAAAGCAACCCUGCAACACCCCUGCAUUAUACAUGUGUACUUGCCAUAAUCUCUCCAGCUCGUGAAUGCACUGAAGAAGACUUGCUACAAGUGGAUGUCUGCCAUUUGAAUGACCCACGGGGGUUGUAAUCCUCCUUCUUACCCUGAUUUACCAACGCACAAAUUCUUCAACCUUCCACAGUGGACACAAACCAAGAUCCCUCUUCAGCCUUCAUUUACCCACUUUUAAACUAAUAGUGGAAGUCCUUUGCACAUAGCUCAGGCAGCUUAAAAGCCCCCCUCAAAUGACAAGCACACACACCAACUUACACCUUUUCUCAAAACAGGAAGGCUAGAUCAUACCAUACCAGUCCUGAAAAGGAUCUUUAUCUAUGUAGCCAAACAUCUCCCCUCUUUUGAGAUCUUGUCUACCAUCCUCGAAGACCCAUCUGUUGCAUCUGAAUGAGUAGCUUGGAGUAGACAUUCAUUUUGGUGCUUUAGUUGCUUCUAAUUUCCUUUCUGUGUAUAAAGGGGAGUCAUUUGAGGCUGAAUGUUACAGAGGGGGACAUUUUAUUUCACUCAAAGGUGCCUUUGUUUUUUCUUUCCAUCAGAACUCAUAUCUUUUGAGUUUAUCUGUGUCAGCCUUAAUGUCACCAUUUCACCCGCUCCACACCUGGCUGCAGGUGGGAGGAUGUGUGUUUUUUUUUGUGUCACUUUGUCACUAGAGAGGAAAGAUG